UAAAGCGAUCGAUGACCCUAUAUUUUUAUAGUGUUAGUGUAUAGGCCCUGGAAAGGCGCUUCCGUGGACACCUCAAUUUGAUUUUUCCGAUUGAAGAAAAAGGAGAAAAUUAGCAAAAACCAACGUAAGCAAACCCACGUGGUCGAGGUUCCAGCUGUGGGAGGCACUUUCCAGGACUUCGUACGGAUAAAAGACCAAACGUAACCGACAUUGCCAAAAAACUGUGGGAGGCACUUUCCAGGACUUUGUACGGAUAAAGGACCAAACGUUACCGACAUCGCCGAAAAAAGUAGUUAAAAAUAUUAAGAACUUUGGAAGAUAAUGUUGAUUAUGUAAAAAUCGAAAAAUAUUUUUACAUGUAAAUUCGGAAAACGAACGACGACCACAUUAUUUCUUGGUGCCCCUGGAUCGACCUUCACAAGGGGCUCAUUUUUAUAUACUAUUUAGAUUUUUGCUACCAAUAUUCACGGAGUAAAUCAGGAAAAUCUGAAUCGGCACUACCACGUGGUUGCAGUUCCAGCCGGGGGAGGCACUUUUUGGGACUGGGACCAAAUAAAGGAUUGAAGUCUGCAUACAGUGCCAGAAAAAAUAGGAGAAAAUAUCCAGAAUCCUGGUAGAAAAUGCAUUUUUAUUGAUAUUAUGAAAAACAUUUUUAGUAGUAGUAAGAUUAGAUAGUUAGUAUUUAGACUUAGUCAAAUGUUAUGAUUGGACUGCAUAUAUUAUAAGCUAAAUUUUUAAAUAUUUUUGACACAGACCCCCCUUUACAGGGUCUGACAAAACAUAUUGGGCUCUGCAGUAGCAAUAUUUUAUUUAUUUAGCUGUUUCCCAUCUGAUCUGUUAUUCUGAAACAAAUUCUGACCGCAUCCCCCGCGUGAUGAUACUGCACGACAAUUGUAGGUUGUACUGACAACCAUUCAUUUUGUGUGUAGUCCGCGAGGCAUGUGGUGCUGAGUAUAAUUCUAUAGUAAAUUUUUUGCAUAUUUUGACAUUGACAAUCUUGUCAAAUCUUUUACUGACACAAAAUUGACUUUGCUGCGCAAUUAUUUUGACAUAAUAUUGUAGGACUCUGUACACCCACAAUAGGUAAUGUUAGGUUAAUUAAUAGGUUAAUUUUGUAGUCCUAGAGAAACUAUACUAACUAUUAUUUGAUGAAAAACUUUUUUAAUGAAAAAUUAUUUGAUCUGUGUAAAAUUGUCUUUCAACAUAGAAUUUUGGUUCUAGGGAUUCUUGCCGUGAUAUUGUAUUCCAAUAUCACUCAAAAAUUCCUCUUGCUGAAUCUGAAAUAGCUUACUGGAAAGUUGAUUUGACCUAAGUUGUAUAUUUUAAAGUGCCUCUAUACAGCACUGAGUUAGUUUUAAGACAACCCGCGGCUCCUCUUACUUCAGCGAUGAGUCAUCCCGAGGGUCAUGGACCAAAAACCACAGCCAGAGCUUCCACAGUCUCUCCUAAACCCAAACCGAAACAAGGCGACGCGAAAAAGUUUUCGGUGCCCCCCCAAACGAUUUCGGUUAGGAGGAGCAUCGGGGAAUGGGAGAAGGCUUCAUAUACAUGCAAAUUGGACGAAGCAACAGCAUGCGCGGGCAGAGCAAAACAACAGCUCAACGCCGCACGCAACUUGAAAGGGGAGUUAAAAAUUGAAGCCUUUAAAAUGCUGGAUAGGUUACUCGAAAUUGUGAAAAAGUUGGAAAUGCCCUCGAAAACAAAGGUAGAGAAGGAGGUCAUGAAGCAGAUGUACCGCGAAAAUAGCAAGACAGAAAUGGGCACGAGCAACCUGAAAAAUAUUAUUGAGGAGCAUAGUAAGGUUUUGGGAGAGACUGUGAAAGAAAUGGACCGACUACGCACGGUUAUUAGGAGACACGAGGAGAAAAUGGAUGACACGGCACAAAACGCCGAAAAACGAGAUGGGGGACAUAGCGGUGGAGAGUUUCUGGCGGAAAUCCGUGAGCUCAAGCGACUUACACAAGAGACCCGGGUACGGACCGACGAGGCGCAGGGGGUAAUUCCCUCGUACGCGGAGGUCCUGUCUCGGCCACCAGCCGCUAGAGUGGACAAGCCGAAGUUCUCCGUCAUCGUGGGUUCAAAAAACGUCAUCGAUACUAGUGCUGAUGUCAUAGAAAAGCUGAGAGGGGCGUUAGAUGCACGGCGCAGCGGUCUAAAGAUAGAGCGUCUCCGUAGGGUACGCGAUGCGAAGGUGGUUUUGAGCUGCGCGAGUAAAGAGGAGAUGGAAAAGUUGUCCGAGCAGCUAAAGAACGAUAAGAACCUUACUGCCGAGGUGGCUAAGAACAAAAAGCCACUCGUCGUGCUUAAAAAUCUCAUGGCGUACAAUACGGAUGACGACAUCCGAACGGCACUCGCUGAGCAAAACCGGCACCUGCUGGAGGAUCUUUCAGCCGACGAAACCGCCGUGGAGGUAAGGUACCGGAGGAGGGCGAGGAAUCAACAGGAGUGCCACGCCGUCCUCCAGGUAUCGCCCGAAUUAUGGCAAAGGCUAACGUCGGCUGGAAGAGUAUACAUUGACCUCCAGCAUGUGAGGGUGCAGGACCAGUCACCACUGGUGCAGUGCACCAGAUGCCUGGCGUACGGCCACGGCCGGAAGCAGUGCGCGGACGAUGUGGAUCUCUGCAAUUACUGUGGCGGUCCGCAUCUCAAAAGUUCGUGCACGCAACUGGCGGCCGCCCAGGCACCGAAGUGUAUUAACUGCACCAGGGCCAAGCUGACUGAAACUGCCCAUACGGCAUUUGGUGACUGCUGCCCUGUUAGGAGAAAGUGGGAUGCGCUGGCCAGGGCGGCAAUAGUCUAUGGCUAGGGCUGCUCUGGCUGGUGGCCCGCCGGACCCGAUAGUGUGGCGGUCCGAAACGUCGUUAACCCUACUCGGCUCGAACUUUUGAACCUCGGGGUUACUCACGGCUGAAAAAUAUAAAUAAAAAUAAAAAAAGAUGAGUUUUGUAAACUCCAUAGGAUGGCUGAUGACCAUAGAAUUUUGAUGUAAAAUCUAUUUAGUUAUUAAGUAAAACUCUCUGGAGCUUACAAAAUGUAUUUUCUUUUAAGAACAUCUAUGUAAAAUAACUAUACAAUAAUUAUGAAAACUGUAAAUAGUAAAUAGAAGAAGAAUAAAACCGUAAUAUAGAAGUAAUGGAAAGGAAAUAGUAAGACAUUAAUACGAUCUAAAAGAUAUACAAUAAGUAGAAUAUCAAAUAAUGAUGAAAAUAGGUUAAAAAUAUUAGCUAGAAUUAGAUAAGUAUAUAAAAGUUAGAAAAAGUUAAAAUAGGUAUAUAAUUACUGGUAUAACUGUUAUACUAGGUUAUAUGGUAUUGUAGAACUUUAUACAAAAUAAAUAAAAAAUUCCUGGUUCCGUUAUUAAUCCUACAAUAAAUAAACAA